GUCCCGGGACCUGGGAAGCAGGAGUUGGGCGGGGGACUCGGUUCUCCCAGCGCGUGAGCCGCGGGCGGCGGAGCCGGACGUUCGGGAAGGUUCAGCCGCCUCUGCUGCGCCAGCCCGGCCCGCGCCGCGCAACUUUCCAUCCCGGCCCAGACGCGGCUACCCAGUGCGGAGUUCCUGGCACUUUGCGGAGAGGUCUCUUGCUCCCUGCCCGGGGACUGACUGUGCUCUCUCAGGCUGACCUGUCCGAGCCCUAAUAUCUGCACCAUGCACGCGGCCAGGACCCCCGGGUUCGCCUCCCACGCCGGUGGGGUGGCCAGCCCCACCAGUUUUCAGCAGAUCCCAACGCUGCCGCCCCGCCUGGUGUUGCUGCUGCUGCUGCUUCUCCUGUCUCUGGUAAGCUGCGUCCUGGCACAGCCCGCUGCCCCUGGCCCGGCGUUGCUGUCCCCGGAUCUCGCGGGGGCUGCAGGGGUCCCCGCCGAGGAGGCCAUCGUGCUGGCAAACCGUGGGCUCCGGGUGCCCUUCGGCCGUGAGGUCUGGCUGGAUCCGCUGCAGGACCUGGUGCUGCAGGUGCAGCCGGGGGACCGCUGCGCGGUGACCGUGCUAGACAACGACGCGCUGGCCCAGCGGCCUGGACGCUUGAGUCCCAAGCGCUUCCCGUGCGACUUCGGCCCGGGAGAGGUGCGCUACUCGCACCUGGGCGCGCGCAGCCCGUCGCGGGAUCGCAUUCGGCUGCAGUUGCGCUACGACGCGCCGGGAGGGGCCGCAGUGCUACCCUUGGUGCUGGAGGUGGAGGUGGUCUUCACCCAGCUGGAGGUGGUGACUCGGAACCUGCCCCUAGUCGUGGAGGAGCUGCUGGGGACCAGCAACGCCCUGGACGCGCGGAGCCUGGAGUUCGCCUACCAGCCGGAGACCGAGGAGUGUCGCGUGGGCAUCCUGUCCGGCUUGAGCGCGCUGCCUCGCUAUGGGGAGCUCCUCCACUACCCACAGGUCCCGGGUCCAGCCAGCGAGGGGGGCGCCCCGGAGCCUCUCCUGAUGGACUGCAAAGCUUUCCAGGAGCUGGGGGUGCGCUACCGUCACACAGCCCCCAGUCGGUCACCGAACAGGGACUGGGUGCCCAUGGUGGUGGAGCUGCGCUCUCGGGGUUCGCCUGUGGGCAGACCCCCUUUGAAACGUGAGCACUUCCAGGUGCUGGUGAGAAUCCGAGGAGGGGCGGAGAACACCGCACCCAGGCCCAGUUUCGUGGCCAUGAUGAUGAUGGAGGUGGACCAGUUUGUACUGACGGCUCUGACCCCAGACAUGCUGGCAGCCGAGGAUGCCGAGUCGCCCCCUGACCUGCUGAUCUUCAACCUCACCUCUCCCUUCCAGCCUGGCCAGGGCUACCUAGUGAGUACUGAUGACCGCAGCCUGCCCCUCUCCUCCUUUACUCAGAGGGAUCUGCGGCUCCUGAAGAUUGCCUACCAGCCCCCCUCUGAGGACUCUGACCAGGAGCGUCUCUUUGAACUGGAGUUGGAAGCAGUGGACCCGGAAGGAGCAGCCUCAGACCCUUUUGCCUUCAUGGUAGUGGUGAAGCCCAUGAACACACUGGCUCCCGUGGUCACCCGGAACACCGGUCUCAUUCUCUAUGAGGGCCAGUCUCGGCCCCUGACGGGCCCUGCAGGCAGUGGACCGCAGAACUUGGUCGUCAGCGAUGAGGAUGACCUAGAGGCAGUGCAGCUAGAGGUGGUGGCUGGGCUCCGCCACGGUCACCUUGUCCUUCUGGGCGCCACCGAUGGCAACUCUGCCCCUAAGACCUUCACGGUGGCCGAGCUGGCAGCCGGCCAGGUGGUCUACCAUCACGAUGACAGAGAUGGCUCACUGAGUGACAACCUUGUACUUCGAAUGGUGGACGGAGGACGCAGGCACCAGGUGCAGUUCUUGUUCCCCAUCACCUUGGUGCCUGUGGAUGACCAGCCGCCAGUCCUCAAUGCUAACACGGGGCUGACGCUGGCGGAGGGUGAAACGGCGCCCAUCCUUCCCCUGGCCCUGAGUGCAACGGACAUCGACUCAGAUGACCCUCUGCUGCUUUUUGUGCUGGAGUCGCCUUCCUCGACCAUAGGGCAUCUGCUUCUCCGCCAAACCCAUCCUCCCCGCGAGGAAGAGGAGCUGAGCAGGGGCCCUUGGAGGAAACAGGGAGCGUUCUAUGAGCAAACGGUGACGGGGUGGAGGCAGCGGGACAUAACGGAGGGGAGGCUGUUCUACAGGCACUCCGGGCCCCAUAGUCCUGGGCCCGUGAUGGACCAGUUCACAUUCCGAGUCCAGGAUAACCAUGACCCCCCCAAUCAGUCUGGACCACACAGGUUUGCGAUUCGCAUCCAUCCUGUGGAUCGCCUCCCUCCGGAGCUGGGCAGCGGCUGUCCCCUUCGGAUGGUGGUGCAAGAAUCCCAGCUCACGCCGCUGAGGAAAAAGUGGCUGCGCUACACUGACCUGGACACAGAUGACCGAGAGCUGCGCUACACCGUGACCCAGCCCCCCACGGACACAGAUGAAAACCGCUCACCAGCCCCCCUGGGCACCUUGGUCCUGACCGACAACCCCUCAGUCGUGGUGGCCCAUUUUACCCAAGCCCAGGUCAACCACCAUAAAAUCGCCUACAGACCUCCGGAUCGAGAACUGGGAGUGGCUGCCCGAGUGGCCCAGUUUCAAUUCCAGGUGGCGGACCAAGCCGGGAACGUGGCUCCAGGCACCUUCACCCUUUACUUGCAGCCCGUGGACAACCAGCCGCCUGAGAUCCUCAACACCGGUUUCACCGUUCAGGUGAAGGGCCACCACAUCCUGAGUGAGACUGAGUUACGUGUGAAUGAUGUAGACACCGAUGUAGCCCACAUCUCUUUCACUCUCACACGGGCACCCGAACAUGGCCACAUGAGAGUGUCUGGACAGAUGCUGCAUGUGGGGGAGGUCUUCCGCUUGGAAGAUAUAAAACAGGGUCGGAUUUCCUAUGUCCAUAAUGGGGACGGGUCCCUGACUGACAGCUGCUCCUUGGAGGUCAGCGACAGACACCACGUGGUGCCCAUCACUCUCAGAGUGAAUGUCCGGCCCGCAGGUGAUGAGGUGCCCAUGCUGAGCCUUCCUGCUGGUACUCUGGGGUCAUACCUAGACGUUUUAGAAAAUGGAGCUGCUGAACUCACUGCCAGUGUUAUCAAGGGGACUGAUGGGGACACUGAUGAUUUGAUGUUGACUUUCCUCCUGGAAGACCCACCCUUGUAUGGAGAAAUCCUGGUCAACGGAGUUCCGGCGGAGCAGUUUACCCAAAGGGACAUCUUAGAGGGCUCUGUCGUCUAUGCCCACACAAGCGGUGAGAUAGGCCUGUUGCCCAAAGGGGACUCUUUUAACCUGAGUCUGUCAGAUAUGUCUCAAGAAUGGGUAAUAGGUGGCAGUACUAUCCAAGGGGUUACUGUGUGGGUGACCAUCCUCCCUGUCGAUAGCCAAGCUCCAGAAAUUUCUGUAGGUGAACGGUUUAUAGUCAUGGAAGGUGACAAAAGUGUUAUAACCUCAACACAUAUAAGUGCUGAAGAUAUUGAUUCCCUCAAUGAUGACAUCUUGUGCACUAUAGUUAUUCAGCCUACCUCCGGUUAUGUUGAAAACAUUUCUCCAGCACCAGGCUCUGAGAAAUCAAGAGCAGGAAUUGCCAUAAGUGCCUUUACCCUGAAAGACCUCAGGCAGAGUCACAUUAACUAUGUCCAGAGUGUCCACAAAGGGGUAGAACCUGUGGAAGACCGGUUUAUAUUUCGUUGCUCUGAUGGCAUUAACUUUUCAGAGAGACAUUUUUUUCCCAUUAUAAUCAUUCCCACCAAUGACGAACAGCCAGAAAUAUUUAUGAGAGAAUUUAUGGUGAUGGAAGGCAUGAGUCUGGUGAUCGAUACACCCAUCCUCAAUGCUGCUGAUGCUGACAUUCCCCCGGAUGAUCUAACGUUCACCAUUACCCAAUUUCCCACUCGUGGUCACAUCAUGAAUCAGCUGAUAAAUGGCACAGUGUUGGUUGAAAGCUUCACCUUGGACCAGAUCAUAGAGAGUUCAAGCAUUAUUUACGAGCAUGAUGAUUCUGAGACCCAGGAGGACAGUUUUGUGAUUAAACUAACAGACGGUAAGCACUCGGUGGAAAGGAUGGUCCUCAUUAUGGUUAUCCCAGUUGAUGAUGAGACCCCCAGAAUGACCAUCAAUAAUGGUCUAGAAGUAGAAAUUGGGGAAACCAAAAUCAUCAACAACAAAAUAUUGAUGGCAACUGAUUUAGAUUCUGAAGACAAAUCUUUGGUUUAUGUUAUUCGUUAUGGGCCGGGACAUGGCUUAUUACAGAGACGAAAACCUGCAGGUGCCUUUGAAAAUAUCACAGUGGGCAUGAAUUUUACCCAGGAUGAAGUGGACAGAAACUUAAUUCAGUACGUCCAUUUUGGACAAGAGGGCAUUCGGGACCUAAUUAAAUUUGAUGUGACUGAUGGAAUAAAUGCGCUUAUAGAUCGCUACUUUUAUGUUUCUGUUGGGAGCGUUGACAUUGUCUUCCCGGAUGUGAUAAGCAAGGGAGUAUCCUUGAAAGAAGGUGGUAAAGUCACCCUCACAACAGACUUAUUAAGUACUAGUGACUUGAACAGUCCUGAUGAAAACUUAGUUUUUACCAUCACCAGGGCUCCCAUGAGAGGUCACUUAGAGUGCACAGAUCAACCUGGAGCAUCCAUCACAUCGUUCUCUCAGCUCCAACUGGCUGGCAACAAAAUCUACUACAUCCACACAGCUGACGAUGAGGUCAAGAUGGACAGUUUUGAGUUUCAGGUCACCGAUGGACAUAACCCGGUCUUCCGGACAUUCCGUAUCUCCAUUAGCGAUGUGGACAACAAAAAGCCAGUGGUCACCAUCCAUAACCUGGUUGUCAGUGAGGGUGAAAACAAGCUGAUCACUCCCUUUGAGCUCACUGUCGAAGACCAAGAUACUCCAGACAAACUCCUGAAGUUCACUGUCACGCAGGUGCCUGUUCAUGGUCAACUCCUAUUCAACAAUACCAGACCUGCCAUGGUUUUUACCAAGCAAGACCUGAACGAAAACUUAAUCAGCUACAGACAUGAUGGCACCGAGUCAAAUGAAGACAGCUUCUCCUUCACAGUGACUGAUGGUUCCCAUACAGAGUUCUAUGUUUUCCCCGAUACAAUAUUUGAAACAAGGAGACCCCAAGUGAUGAAAAUUCAAGUCUUACCUGUUGACGAUAGCGUCCCCCAAAUUGCAGUGAACAAAGGGGCCUCUACACUUCGCACUCUGGCUACUGGCCACUUGGGAUUCAUGAUCACAAGCAAAAUAUUGAAAGUGGAGGACAGAGACAGCUUACGUUUUUCUCUCAGGUUUAUUGUGACGGAGGCCCCUCAACAUGGGUAUCUCCUCAACCUGGACAGAGGCAACCACAGUGUCUCUCAGUUUACACAAGCUGACAUCGAAGACAUGAAAAUAUGCUACGUUUUAAAAGAUGGGGCCAAUGCCACAAGUGAUAUGUUCCAUUUUACAGUUGAAGAUGGUGGCGGAAACAAAUUAACCAAACAGCAUUUUCGUCUGAAUUGGGCAUGGAUCUCGUUUGAAAAGGAAUAUUACCUGAUCAAUGAGGAUUCCAAAUUUCUAGAUGUCGUUCUUAAACGCAGAGGUUACUUGGGAGAGACUUCAUUUAUAAGUAUCGGCACAAGAGAUGGGACUGCAGAAAAAGACAAAGACUUCAAGGGCAAAGCACAGAAACAAGUGCAGUUCAACCCAGGCCAGACCAGGGCCACCUGGAGAGUGCGGAUCAUGAGCGAUGGAGAACACGAGCAGUCGGAGACCUUCCAGGUGGUUCUCUCAGAGCCUGUGCUGGCUGCUCUGGAAUUCCCUGCAGUGACCACGGUGGAGAUUGUUGACCCCGGAGAUGAGUCGACUGUAUUUAUUCCCCAGUCGGAAUACUCCGUUGAAGAAGAUGUGGGUGAGCUGUUCAUUCCCAUCCGAAGAAGUGGAGACGUGAGCCAGGAAUUGAUGGUGGUCUGUUAUACCCAACAAGGUACGGCAGACGGAACUGUGCCGACGUCGGUGCUGUCCUACUCAGAUUACAUAUCCAGACCCGAAGACCACACCAGUGUCAUCCACUUUGACAGACAUGAGCGUGAAAAAACGUGUCGCAUCGUUGUUAUUGACGACUCCCUGUAUGAAGAGGAGGAAACAUUCCAUGUCCUUCUGAGCGUGCCCAUGGGCGGGAGGAUUGGAUCAGAAUACCCAAGGGCUCGGGUUACAAUCGUCCCUGACAAAGAUGAUGAACCUGUCUUCUACUUCGGCGAUGUCGAGUACUCCGUGGACGAGAGCGCCGGUUACGUGGAAGUGCGGGUGUGGAGGACGGGCACAGACCUGUCCAAACCUUCCAGUGUCACCGUGAGGUCUCGGAAAACAGAUCCCCCCUCUGCUGAUGCUGGAACCGACUAUGUGGGAAUCAGCCGUAAUUUAGAUUUUGCACCUGGAGUCAACAUGCAGACUGUUCGUGUUACCAUCCUGGACGAUCUCGGGCAACCAGAGCUGGAGGGAAUUGAGAAAUUUGAACUGGUGCUUCGUAUGCCGAUGAACGCUGCCCUUGGCGAGCCCAGCAAAGCCACAGUGUCCAUAAAUGAUUCUGUCUCAGAUUUGCCUAAGAUGCAAUUCAAAGAACGGGUGUAUAUUGGCAAUGAAAAUGAUGGGCAGAUAGUCGCAAUGAUCCACAGGAAUGGAGACAUUCACUACAGGUCUUCAGUGAGAUGCUACACACGCCAGGGGUCUGCACAGGUGAUGGCGGACUUUGAGGAACGUCCAAACACUGAUGGCUCCGUCAUCACAUUCCUCCCUGGUGAGACUGAAAAGCCUUGCGUCCUUGAGCUGAUGGACGACAAACUCUAUGAGGAGGUAGAGGAGCUCCGCCUGGUUCUUGGCACCCCACACAGCAACUCCCCCUUCGGGGCUGCGGUAGGGGAACAAAAUGAAACUCUGAUAAGGAUCCAAGAUGAUGCUGAUAAGGCCAUCAUUAAAUUUGGAGAAACCAAAUUUAGUGUCAGUGAACCCAAAGAACCAGGACAGUCGGUGGUUAUAAAAAUUCCAGUGAUUCGCCAAGGAGAUACUUCGAAGGUUUCCAUCGUGAGAGUCCACACCAAGGAUGGAUCAGCCACCUCUGGAGAAGACUAUCACCCUGUGUCAGAAGAAAUUGAGUUUAAGGAGGGAGAGACGCAGCAUAUUGUUAACAUUGAAGUAAUCUUCGAUGGGAUCAGAGAAAUGAGAGAGGCCUUCACUGUUCACCUAAAACCCGAUGAGAACAUGAUAGCAGAGACUCAGGUCACCAAAGCCAUUGUGUAUAUAGAAGAAAUGAACAGCAUGGCAGACGUCACUUUUCCUUCUGUCCCUCAAAUUGUGUCGUUACUGAUGUAUGAUGACACUUCCACAGCUAAAGAUAGUGCUGGACCUGUGUCUGGCUAUCCUGUCGUCUGUAUCACAGCUUGCAACCCUAAAUACUCAGACUAUGACAAAACAGGCUCCAUUUGUGCAAGUGAGAACAUCAAUGACACCUUGACCCGGUACCGAUGGCUGACUAGCGCUCCCGCUGGCCCUGAUGGCGUGACCAGCCCCAUGAGAGAAGUGGACUUUGACACCUUCUUUACGUCAUCCAAGAUGAUCACCUUAGACUCCGUAUACUUUCAGCCUGGCUCUAGGGUACAGUGUGCGGCUCGUGCUGUGAAUGCCGAUGGCAAUGAGGGCCUGGAACUGAUGAGCCCUGUCGUAACCAUCAGCAGAGAAGAAGGUCUUUGUCAGCCCCGAGUGCCAGGGACGGUGGGAGCAGAACCAUUCUCCGCUAAACUGCGCUACACGGGCCCCGAGGACCCAGAGUACGCAAACCUUAUCAAGCUCACUGUCACGAUGCCACACGUAGACGGCAUGCUCCCUGUGAUCUCCACUAAAGAGCUUUCCAACUUCGAGCUCACCCUCAGUCCUGACGGCUCAAGAGUUGGAAACCACCAGUGCUCCAAUCUUCUGGACUACACCGAAGUGAAGACCCACCAUGGUUUCUUGACCGAUGCUACAAAAAAUCCAGAAAUAAUUGGAGAGACGCAUCCUUACCAGUACAGCUCGUUUAUCAGAGGUUCCAGUACCUUACGCUUCUAUCGAAACCUGAACCUGGAGGCCUGCUUAUGGGAGUUUAUUAGCUACUAUGACAUGUCAGAACUUCUGACUGACUGUGGAGGCACCAUCGGGACGGAUGGACAGGUCCUAAAUCUAGUACAGUCCUAUGUGACCCUUCGAGUGCCUCUGUAUGUUUCCUACGUGUUCCAUUCUCCUGUUGGGGUGGGAGGCUGGCAACAUUUUGACUUGAAGUCAGAGCUCCGUCUGACUUUUGUGUACGACACUGCCAUCUUGUGGAAUGAUGGAAUCGGCAGCCCACCAGAAGCGGAACUCCAAGGUUCUCUCUAUCCCACCAGCAUGCGCAUCGGCGAAGAGGGGCGCUUGGUCGUGAACUUCAAGACGGAGGCUCAGUUCCACGGCUUGUUUGUACUCUCCCACCCGGCAUCCUUCACGAGCUCAAUGAUCAUGUCGGCUGACCAUCCAGGCCUGACCUUUUCCCUGCGCCUCAUAAGGAGUGAACCCACCUAUAACCAGCCAGUACAGCAAUGGAGCUUUGUCUCUGACUUUGCCGUGCGUGACUAUUCGGGGACCUACACCGUAAAGCUGCUGCCAUGCACCAUUCCAUCGAAUCAAGAGUACCGCCUGCCAGUCACCUGCAACCCCAGAGAGCCUGUCACCUUUGACCUUGACAUACGGUUCCAACAGGUCAGCGACCCGGUAGCAGCUGAGUUUAGCUUGAACACCCAAAUGUACCUACUCUCCAAGAAGAGUCUCUGGUUGUCUGAUGGAUCCAUGGGAUUUGGGCAAGAGAGUGAUGUCGCCUUUGCAGAAGGUGAUAUAAUUUAUGGUCGAGUCAUGGUAGAUCCUGUCCAGAAUCUAGGUGAUUCCUUUUACUGCAGCAUUGAGAAGGUGUUCCUGUGCACUGGAGCUGAUGGCUAUGUUCCCAAAUAUAGUCCCACGAAUGCAGAAUAUGGCUGCUUAGCUGAUUCUCCUUCGCUCCUGUAUAGAUUUAAAAUUGUGGACAAAGCUCAGCCAGAGACACAAGCCACCAGUUUUGGAAAUGUCCUGUUUAAUGCCAGACUAGCAGUGGAUGACCCUGAAGCUGUUCUCUUAGUGAAUCAGCCUGGAUCCGAUGGGUUUAAAGUCGACUCAACAGCACUCUUUCAGGUGGCUCUGGGCCGAGAGUGGUACAUACACACCAUCUACACAGUAAGAUCGAGAGACAACGCCAAUCGAGGUAUUGGCAAAAGAAGCGUGGAGUACCAGUACCACUCUUUGGUGAGUUCAGGGAAGCCCCGGGCAGGUACCAAAGGCCGGAAGAAGAGGGAGAUGAGGAGCCCACCCCCACUGGCCUGGGAAAUAGGUGCUGAAAACAACCGGGGAACAAACAUCCAGCACGUCGCCCUGGACCGCACCAGCAAGAAGCAGAUCCCCCAAGGGAGAGUUCCUCCUGAUGGCGUCCUCCCCCGGGAGCUCAACCCUCCCAGCUCUGAGGUCAGCCUGGUCACGGUGGUGGGAGGCAUCGCCGUGGGGUUACUCACCCUCUGCCUUGCCGCCAUCACAGUGACGAUGUGCAAGAACAAGAAGGGCGCCAGGAGAAAGGACGCCCUGAAAGGCUCGGGCAGCAGCAAGCCCAUGAUGCCCCCACAGAGCCACCACAACGACAGCUCAGAGGUUUGAUGACCACAGGUGGAUUCAGCCUUUUCCUCAAGUGCCUCAGAAAGACGAUAGAAACCCAAAUGCUUCCGUAAACAGCAGAGCUUUGGGGACUUCUGCUACGAAGCUGCUCAGAGGACCUGACCGGACUACUGAACUUGGAUUUGAAUUCUGUCUACUCUUUCAUGCGUCACAGAACAAAUUCAGACCACAGACCGCAUCUUUCUUCUUGCCCAAAAGGCAACAUACGCAGAGCCAGCGAUGGACCGCCAGGGAUGUACUUCACAUUUAGGCAUUUUCUCCACACGGUGGAGACAAAUCUAUUCAGAGGUGCUACAGACUCCAUCAGAAGUUUAAGAGGAGUCUAUUGUUGCUAUGUUAGUCUGAACCUUGAAGGUGCAAUUAUCACAUCAUUUAUUCAUUGCCUAACAGUUUAUUACUAGGACGGUUUAAUUGCUAGUCUGAAAGGAUGAUAAACACACUGUUUAUUAUGACAAGUUUUCUAACAGGCGAAGACGGCACAGAAGUAUGACCAGGGAUAGCUCAACCCAUAAUUCACCUCUUCUACUACAUGGGAGGGAAUGGAAGGAAAGAGAGAGGGAAGUAACUGACUAGUUUGGAUUUGAAUUAUGGUGUCCUUGUUUUAUUUGCUUAUUUAAUUUUAAAUUAAACCAAAGAAUAUGUUCCAUCUGGAAGAGAUUGUUGAAGAAAGACUUUGCUGUUAUAUAGUGAGAAGUAGUCGAGUUCUUGCAUGGUAGUAUACCUAAUUGGUGCUCAGCAUUUGUGGGAAAUGAGAGGGUUGGUGGUGUUUGGAUGAUGAAGAAAUGCUAUAGCGUUAGAUUUGCAUUUAUAAGACAAUGUUCUCUAAGAACUGAGCCUAGAUAUUUGCAGUAUUGAACCCACAGAUGAUAAUGAAAAAUAUCAUUACAGGUGGUGGAGGGAGAAAGUGAUAUUUAUUAGCAUAACGCGUUUAACCGAAGUGCCUCUAUACACGUUUUAUAGAACAUUUUUCCAGAUGACACCUGAGGUUAACCCUCAGAGUAGCACAAUCACAUAACAAUGUCCAGAACUCGAACUGGCCAUAAGACAUUUCAUUAACUUGCUAAUCAGCAUCUGGUCUAAACCAGGGGACUCUCUGCCACUGUCAUUCCAGAGGUGGUCUUGGAGGUGCCUUCUUCUUCUUCGAUCCAGGAGGAGAGUAGCAUUCUGUGACAUCUGCAAUUCAGGGAGCUGAUGCACUGCGAUCCCUGAGUAUCUGAAAAUGUAAUGCUUAACACCGCUUACAGUGUUAAAAACCAAGAAACAUAGGGAGCUUGCUUGGCAAGGCUCCUGUCGCCUUUCUGGAAAAAAAAAAAAAUAUGCUUUUACCAAAUGGCAGAGAUUUCAGUUGGAAAGGGAAGGAAAAUGUCAGUGGUCUAAUGACCAAUCUUCCAAAAGCUAGUAAAUGUAUUUCAAGCAAAAAGAAGGUCGGGAGAAAAAGAACCGUGCCUAAAGACUAACCAACCCUCAAAUGUCGCCUGGAAUCCCCUUUCACUUGCAUCCAUAGCCUGGCCACACUGGACAUCUAGUGGAAUGGAUCUUACCUGGUGUCUGUGAGCACCAACCAUCUCUUUAUUGGAAAGAAAAAUAAAGAAUCUACACUGGUACUGAGAGAGAGAGGUGAAAAGUGUCUGAUACUCGCCUCUCUUCUUUUGGGCAGCUCUGCACUUGACAUUCAAGGUCUUUCAAAGAACAUGGUGGACCGUAGUCCCCUUCCAUUGGGGAAUUUACAAAUAUCACCUAUUACUCAAAGGUGUCCCCCCACCCUGGGACUUUACAUAAAGUACUGGAUGGCCCAGGAGUUCAGUUGUCAAAUAAACAUCAGUGCUUUCUUAAUUGUCCCCUUUCCUUUUGCUUCGCAUUCUGGCAGAUGCUUGGCUACUUCCUCAGUUAUCUCGUAACUAGUAUAGGCAUAAGCAUGAAUGACAAAGCUUCAAAUGUGUGGACUUCUCAUGACUUAGCAUGGGGUUCAAUUCACUUAGUGAGAGCAAGUACCCUCAACUGACCUUAUGCUACUUUGGUAGCUUGGGUGCUUCAGAGCCUACCGUGCGGUCUUGGGCGUCUUUGUCACUGAGUGUAGUAAUUAGCGAAGCAUCGUUACAACAUGUCUGUUUUGAGCCUUUGGGCCACACUGGCUUUGUACCAAACUUCACUCCGCAAUUAGUUUUUCUAGUGAGAUUGCCAUAUAUACAUUGGAGAGUUUAUAAAAUACAGAACAUGUCCAUCCUUUCCUAAUAAAGAAGUUUCUUCCUCUCCACCCAUUUCCUUCUCUCUUUCUCUCCCUUCCUGUCUUCUUCCUUUCCUUCCUCCCCUUGAAAGCAGAGAGUCUGUGGGAAAUAGGCAGAUACAGCUUUCUUAAGUAUAAAGUGUUUGGAUUUCGGCAUCAUUUCUUUUAUAUCUAUUCACUUAAUAUGUGAUUUAAUAUACAUUAAUCAUAAAAACUCUUUUUAGUGGAAGAAAGAGUCAGGCAAAAUGCUUUAUUGUUCAAUAAAGCAGACCCUUUUUUUCAAUAUUUUGUUUUUAGAGAAUUAUGCUUUUAUUAUCAGAUCCAAUUACAUAAAAUAACUUCCCAUAGACAACAGGAUGUAGCUAUAAUAGCUCCUUAGAUGCUCAGUAGCUUCUGACCCUAAUUAAAACAAGAUUUUCUUGAUGUUGCAUAGUAAACCCAAAACACAAAUAUAUAUAUAUAUAUAUAGAGAGAGAGAGAGAGCCUUAGUAGCUCCCUUAGCAUGUGAACUAUGAAGCAUUAAAAUACGUAAUUAUGUUUUAAUCAUGGUUUUACUUAUUCCAGUUCAUUCCCUCUGUUAACAUUUACUAAAUGCUUUCCUAGAAUUAGCCACUUUGAGAGAUUACACGGAAACCAAGAUAUCCUCCCUGCUCUCAGGCAGGUUAUGCUCAAAUGUGGCAUUUCUCUUAGACUAAAGGAAUCGAGAUUUACAUUAGGUCCUCCCCUGGACCAAGAACACACCAGGCGUAUCUGUGAACCACAAUUUAAAAAUCUCUCCAGAGCACUGACAGUGGCUCUAAUCUUUUUCAUCUGAAAGAACCCCACAUGUUAUAGGUCAUUCUGAUUGUGGAUCUCAUGCAAAAUGUUUCACAUCAAUAAUUUAAUGGAAUUGCCCUUCAGAAAUCUACACAGAGAAGGUACGUUGCAGGGAUGUGGAUAGCCCUGUAUAUUCUUUUCCUCUGAAUGGAAGACAUGCCUACUUUAUUCCAAGAAUGGGAUAUAACGCAUAAACUCUUGUUCCAGACCGUGAACAUCCCCAAUACCUCCUGAAGUGCACCCUCCCACAAGCCUCCACAAUGUUUGAAUAGUAUGAGUAAAGGUCAACUGAAAUUCUGCCAUGCUACUGCAUAGCAUUUGUGAUAAGAAGGACGGAUUCUAGGCUCAAUACGAAGGGAUUUAGUUCUAUAAGCAGCAACUUCUUUAUCAAGUCCUCUUACCUCUAAGUCUUUCCCAGGGAACCGACUCCAAGGUCCAUUUUAAAAAUGGAAAUGGAGGGGCGCCUGGGUGGCUCAGUCGGUUAAGCGUCUGACUUCAGCUCAGGUCAUGAUCUCAUGGCUUGUGGGUUCGUGCCCCACGGCGGGCUCUGUGUUGACAGCUCAGAGCCUUGAGCCUGCUUCGGAUUCUGUGUCUCCCUCCCUCUCUGUCCCUCCCCUGCUCAUGCUCUGUCAUUCUUUCAAAAAUAAACAUUAAAAGAAAUAAUAAAAAGAAAUAAAAAUAAAAAUGGACCUGUAUGAGAAUCAUGGAGUUUUUCCUCGUACAAAUUGGUGCUAAGGGUUAAAAUAGUCCUAGAUUGAGAAAUAAUAAAGUAGCAAUAACAGCAGAAUGUAAUGACAUUUAGAGUUUUGAAGUUGGAAAUUUGAUUUCUGCUACUCUUUUGAAAAUAUCUAUUUAGUUUUGGCUGAGAAACCAAUUUAGUCCUUUAAAAAGAAAAAGAAGAAAAUAUCUUUAAAGAUGCAAAUGUUUUACAAAUUUGAAAUUUACAUAAUUGUAUUCAUUUGAAAACAAGUGAGCUAUGAUUCUUUGAACAGCUUUCAUCUCUUGUCGCCAUGAUAGCAAUAACAAAAGGAAGAAAACAGGUGUCUUUACUAACCCUGGGGCAAACGAUGAAUAGGGCUUAAAUGUUCAAUCAGUCCCACUGCGAUGCCUCAGAAAUGUGCGAGUUGGCAGGAAACUAUAAAUACUACUAUUAUCUUGCACACACACAGCCACAUGUGCAUCUAAAAACAACCAAAGAUCUCAUUUCUAGAAAAAAAGACGGCCCUAACUACAGUUUUAACUGAAAUGGUUCACAUGGAGAUUUUCGAGAAGGUCAACAGAAUGGUUAUUUGUAUAAACAUACUAUUGUGGGAAGUUUCUUGGACAUGAGUUCAAAGGUUGAUAUGUUUCCUUAAGAUUUUUUUCCUGGUAUUGAUUCUAAUGCUGCCUGGUAAAGAUGUAAAAACACUUUCAGAAAAUAUCCAUAGGUUCAGAGUUUCUCUCACUGCCUAGUUCUCCUUGUUGCCGUGUCCUUUGAUGUUAAGAACAAAAGACAGAUUUUGGUAGUUAUUUUGAUCUUAAUAAGGCAUUUAAACACAGAAGUUCAUGGUAUUUUCUAUAGUUUUUUUUUUUACCAGAAAGAUUAUACAGAAAGUUUUUAAGUAAAGAAUGCUGAUUCCCUCUUGAACUAAAGUUGAUAAAACAAACUUUACUAACGUCAGCCUCAUUCUGAUUUAAUUUUGUUGGGGAAAAAAAAAUCAGAAUAUUGAAUUUGCAAACUUUUAAAUAGCGUUGCUCUCUUAUCUUUCAAGUACAUUAUAUUACUUUUUCCCUGAUAUUUGUUUGUGUGUGUGUGUUUUUUUAGUAUUGUGUUUUACUAAAAACAUUAAAAAAAAAAAAACUUGCUCUAGCAAUGACAUCUACUCCUUCCUUCCUUGGUUCCUUCCUUCCUUCCUUCCUUCCCUCCUUCCUUGGUUCCUUUCUUCAUGGACUAGGUUUUUUUUCUUCCUCUGAGAUUUGUUUAUCAUUCUUCCUAUAAUGCUUCCCUUUUAGUUUUGAAACCAUUGCCAUUUUCACUACGUAAUUAACAUAUUCUUAUCCAUCCGAAAGCUAGUAGGUGAGCAUAGGACGUGUGCACUGUCCUUUCUUUAUAAAAUGUUAAGGCUUUUGGAUGAAGGAAAGAACUCCCUUCAAAAGAUCAAAAGCAUCGUAUUGAAUAAUGUGAUGACAAUCUGUGCUUUGAUUCUCUCAGUAAAGGUUCAACACUGACAUUUAAGAUAUUUUAAAAGAUCCCUUUAAGGAUCUGAUUGAGUAAAAAUAAAAGGCCAGAGAUCACAUAUAUGAGGUUGUUUUGGGUGAUUGAAUACUUUGCAAGGAAAUAAAUGGCAAAACAAAAAUACUGUUAAAAUGUUAACAGCAUUGAAGUGUUUUAAAUUGUAAUUAUUAAAUGCACAAUGUUCUUUUUACAAGGAGCCAGAUGUUGCCUACACCAAUUACACGAUCCUUUGAAUACUCUAAGUGAGCUUCUCCAGGUAUUUAUUUUUCCAAUGUUUGGAUCGUCCUUUCAUAAGAAUUGUCAGUAUUGCGCCUUAGAAAAGAAGAAAGUAAAGAGAGAAAUGUAAAUUUUUAAGAACUAACCUUAAUAAAAAGCAUGAUAAUACAAAUCACUUAAAAUAUAGAAAAGCAAUUACUGGUAAGAAUAAAAGAUCAUUUCUGUAAGGGCCAAAAUAAGCAUAUUACAAAAAGAAGUACAAAGCAGAGUCUGCUUCUGUCGUUUCAGGAAUUCAAGUUUUUGGCAAGGUAUUUUUAAGCCCAUUUGCCUAUAAAAGGAAACUUCAGCCUGGACAAGGAGUUGUGUGUUUUAUAAUUGUAUUAAGUGCCUGCUUCCUUCCCCAAAGCCCUCCAGAGCACUCAGUAAAUUUAUAUUUAUCCAGCCACUGAGCAGCAUAUCUGUGUGUGAUGGAAUUAUUUGCAGAACUUAAUAGCCUUUGUGAUUUUCCCAUGGGAACUCUUCAAAAGCUAACAGGGGGCUAGUUUUUUUGUUUAUUUACUGGGAUACUUCAUAUUUGCUGCAUAUUGAAACUUAUCCUGGGAAACCAAUCAUGCAAAUAAUCUGGAGCCAUGCAGCCUUCAAUCCAUGUCUAAAAUAAUUCUUGCUGCCACUUGUGUUUCAUAACUACCACUGUUUUCCAUCAAAACACAUCACAUGUUUCAUAUAAAUAAAGCCCAUAUAAAAAUAAAUGUGUUGAAAUGGUCAAA